UAUAUACAUUGUGGAUCCGUAUAACAUCUGCUCUCCAAUGAUGAUCAUGAUUAUAAGGAUUCGGCGCUGUUCAUAAUUUUAACAUGACACGAGGCAAUUGAUCAACUUAUUGCCACAUUGCAUUUAUAUUCAACGACAAUCAAAAACAAAUUACAUUCCAAAUUAUCGACCAAACAAACAAACUAAAAAAAUGGCCAAUACAAUUGAAAAACUUCAAGAACAAAUACGAUCAUUGGAACAACAGAUUGAAAUAUUAAAAUGUUCAAAACAAACAAAUGUUGUUCCUGCUGUUGUUGGCCGUGAAAAAAUUGAACAAAUGAGCGAUAUUGUUGUCGAUUCAAAUCCAUAUAGUCGUUUAAUGGCAUUGAAACGAAUGGGUAUCGUUCGUAAUUAUGAGGAAAUUCGUCAAUUUACCAUCGCAAUUGUUGGUGUUGGUGGUGUUGGUAGUGUUACAGCCGAAAUGCUUACUCGUUGUGGUAUUGGUAAAUUAAUAUUAUUCGAUUAUGAUAAAGUUGAAUUGGCCAAUAUGAAUCGAUUGUUUUUUCAACCAAAUCAAUCUGGUCAAUGUAAAGUGGAUGCUGCACGUGAAACAUUACAAUUUAUUAAUCCUGAUGUUGAGAUUGAUACAAAUAAUUAUAAUAUUACCACGGUGGAUAAUUUCGAUCAUUUUAUGCAAACAUUACGUACUGGUAGCAUACGAAAUGAUCGAGUAGAUUUAGUAUUAAGCUGUGUGGAUAAUUUCGAAGCACGAAUGGCAAUAAAUACAGCAUGUAAUGAAUUACAGCAAACAUGGUUUGAAUCCGGUGUUUCUGAAAAUGCUGUUUCCGGCCACAUACAAUAUAUUGAACCAGGUGUUACCGCGUGUUUUGCUUGUGCUCCACCAUUGGUUGUUGCAUCAAAUAUCGAUGAAAGAACAUUGAAAAAAGAAGGUGUAUGUGCUGCUAGCCUACCAACAACUAUGGGUAUUGUUGCCGGUCUUUUAGUACAGAAUGCCCUUAAAUAUUUACUAAAAUUUGGUGAUGUAUCCCAUUAUCUUGGCUAUAAUGCAUUGAAUGAUUUUUUCCCACUAAUGUCAAUGAAACCAAAUCCAAAUUGUGAUGAUUCAUAUUGUUGUCGUCGACAAAAAGAAUAUCUAAUUCAACUACGUAAUCAUCAACCAUCGGAACAAUCGAAAAUUGAAGACGCAGACAACAUUAUUGAACAUGAAGAUAAUGAAUGGAAUAUUUCGGUAGUGGAUGAAUCUACCACUGUCGAAUCAUCUGAUCAUGUAGCAGUAGCCAAAGGUAUUCGAUAUGCGUAUGAAAAACCCACAACAACAAAUGAAAAAGAAUCAACGACCAAUCAAUCAUCAAAUAAUGAUAAUGUUUCAUUGGAAGAUCUUAUGAAACAAAUGAAAAAUCUUUGAGAAACGAAUUUUUUAUUAUUUUUUUUCACUGGUUUCCAAAAAUAUUUCUACACCUUUUUCCCAAAGAAUAAAGAAAAUUAUUUUGACCCUUUGAUUUUUUUUUUGGUUUUGAAAUGUUUGAAUAUUUUUUUUUGCCGAGAAAAUCAUUUAAUCUAGCUCACUCUGACGACGAUAAAGAUAAAUAUAUUUUUCUUUUC